GCAUGUAGUGGCUCUGCCAAUGCGCAACCCAGCAGCAGAAGCAGGCAGAAGGACACGAUAGGUGCAAGACACUCCUUGGCAAUACCAGUGGUUCAGCUGAAAAUGGAUACGGGAAUUGUGCUCACAGACGUGCUCACAGACGUGCUCACAAGCCAUAUGCUGUCAAGAAAGGUUCAAUCAUGACAGGGAUUCGGGGAUUCGGGGAUUCGGGGAUUCGGGGAUUCGGGGAUUCGGGGAUUGGGGGUUCCAGCACCGUUUCCCAGCCUCAACACGGAGCCAGAAGGGUACAUUGUAGGGCAGAACACUAUUUGCUUCAUGGGUAUCUGCAUGCACUUGUCUACAAGUCCAUUCGCAUUAAUGGGGAUAUUCCAUGUGACUGCUCAUCUGAGCACUGCUCCUCUGUAGCGCGGGCGAGGGAUGUCUCGUGUCGGUGCAAGCUAUAUCACCUAUCCUUGUCACUUCCAGCUUCGGCUAUUGUCAGCGGUUAUAUCUCUGCCAAGGACGAUAUCGCGCGGUUGUUCUGCCUUGCUAAAUGCAAUGGUAUAGCAAGUGAUAUGUCUUCUUGGACCUGCAUGGAUUACAUACUAUUUCCUGCCUGCUAUAAAAUAAUGUGCCGGGCUCGCAAACCAUUCUUUCUGAAGGCUGGGUGAUUGUCCUAUUGUCUUUACAAUUCUCACUCGCAGACACAAGCCAGCCACCAGAGGCUAAGACAUAGUGCAAUGUCCAAGCUUCUUGAAAACAGUGCAGACGUGCUUGAGACAGCUUCUGAGAGCGCGGAUUUGAAGAUGCUGGGCAGAGAUAAAUAACAUUUCAUAUGUUGAUUGCGAUAC